AUGGGUAGAGGAAGAGGAAGGGGACGUAAUGGGAGACGAGAGGAUUCUGUAGAGCAGCCUAUUCCGCCACUAGCGGCACCUCAGGCCGCACCAGAUCCUACAGCUGCCCUAGUCAAUGCAUUACAAACUGUGAUUCAAAAUUUGACUGCCAACCAGCAAGCGAAUGCUUCUACAUCAACUAUGGAGGCUAGGUACUUGCGGGAUUUCAAGAGAGGUGACCCUCGAACUUUUAAGGGGGCAUCUGAAGAUCCAACGGUGGCACAAAUGUGGCUGAGGUCCAUUGAGUCAGUAUUUGUGUUGACCAACUGCCCUGAGGCCCAUAGGGUAGAGUGUGCUACGUUUAUGCUGCGUGAUGAUGCAGAAUUGUGGUGGCAGGCCACCCGCGACCUUAUUAGUCCUGAGGGUGGUGCAAUCUCGUGGGUGGAGUUCAAGGAUGCCUUCUCUGAAGAAUAUUACCCAGAGGAUGUCCAGUUGCGAAAGCAGCAGGAGUUUACCCAAUUGAGUCAGAGGGGGCGUACUGUUACUACCUAUGCCAAGGAAUUUUCUAAGCUAAAGCGUUUUGCCCANCAGUUGCGAAAGCAGCAGGAGUUUACCCAAUUGAGUCAGAGGGGGCGUACUGUUACUACCUAUGCCAAGGAAUUUUCUAAGCUAAAGCGUUUUGCCCAAGAAUUAAUUCGUAACACGGUUGAGGCGAUUGUGCCUACCACUUACGCUGCCGCCCUGAGAGCAGCUAAGGCUAUGGAAGGACCUGAUAGUUCGCGUGAACCCCCUUCAUCACCAAGACGAUCCGAUAGACAGCGCCGGGAUUAUAGGCGUGAACAGCAGGGGAGUGAGAACCGGUCAGAGAGUAGACCCAAGUGUAAGGAUUGCGGUAAGAAUCAUUGGGGCCAGUGUUUGGCUCGAUCUGGAGCAUGUUUUCGAUGUGGAAAAGAAGGGCAUUUGGCUAAGGACUGUCCUAGGAAUCAUACUAGUGAUGUUGGGAAUCAACAGAAACCAUUACGCACAGCGGACAACCCCCCUCCGAACCGUCCACCAGCAAGAGCUUAUGCCUCUACUAGCAAGGAUACUGGAAACCCUGAUGCAGCGGUGACAGGCACCCCAGCAGGGGUGAAUAUGAUUGCUGCUUAUAGAGUAAAAGAUAGUCAUGUAUUAGUAUCAGGAGUUGAAAUAGAAGUAGACUUGAUAGUACUUGAUAUGUAUGUGUAUGAUGUAAUUUUGGGGAUGGAUUGGUUAGCGAAAAAUCAUGCUAGCAUAGAUUGUCACAAGAAAGAAGUGGUGUUCACACCACCAUCCAAGACCAGAUUCAAAUUCAAUGGCACGAGUCUGGGUACUGUUCCAAAGGUCAUAUCAGUGAUGAAAGCAAAGAAGUUGGUCCAGCACGGAGCAUGGGCUAUACUAGCCAGCGUUGUGGAUACUAGGAAAGAGGAGGUUUCCCCAGACACCUUGCCAGUAGUGAGUGAGUUUCCAGACGUAUUCCCAGAGGACUUUCCGGGAAUUCCUCCGACACGACAGGUAGAUUUUGCAAUAUAGCUGGAACCAGGUACUGGUCCAAUAUCUAAGGCCCCGUAUCGUAUGGCAACAGCUGAGCUGAAAGAACUUAAAACGCAACUACAAGAGCUAUUGGAUAAGGGAUUUAUUAGACCUAGUGUUUCCCCUUGGGGUGCGCCAGUGUUAUUUGUCAAGAAAAUAGAUGGGUCAAUGCGCCUGUGUAUUGAUUACAGAGAGCUAAAUAAAAGAACGGUGAAGAACAAGUAUCCCCUUCCACGUAUCGAGGACUUAUUUGAUCAACUUAAGGAGGCAACAGUGUUUUCGAAGAUCGAUCUUCGGUCUGGUUACCAUCAGAUCAAGAUUAAAAAUGAGGACAUACCAAAGACAGCGUUCAGGACGAGGUAUGGUCAUUAUGAGUUUGUGGUUAUGUCAUUUGGACUUACUAAUGCCCCUGUAGUGUUUAUGGAACUGAUGAAUCAUGUGUUCAAGGAAUGUUUGGAUACCUUUGUCAUAGUGUUCAUAGACGAUAUCUUGGUGUACUCAAAGACGGAUCACGAACAUCAGUUACACCUAAGAAAGGCCCUGACAAUACUAAGAGAAAAUAAACUAUAUGCCAAGUUCUCGAAGUGUGAAUUCUGGUUACAAGAAGACACUUUCCUAGGGCACGUGAUAUCUGAGAAGGGUGUGUCAGUAGAUCCUACCAAGGUGGAAGCGGUCACUAAAUGGAAUCGUCCUAUCACUGUUACUGAGGUACGAAGCUUUCUAGGCUUAGCAGGUUAUUACCGACGCUUCAUAAAGGAUUUUUCCAAGAUAGCAGCACCUCUUACGCAAUUAACUCGCAAGACUGUGCCGUUUGUAUGGUCCGAGGAGUGCGAAACAAGUUUCCAAGAGCUGAAGGAUAAGUUGGUGACCGCGCCAGUGCUUACAAUGCCCGACGGUACAAGAAAUUAUGUUAUUUACAGCGAUGCUUCCAAGAAGGGUUUGGGAUGUGUGUUGAUGCAACAAGGGAAGGUGAUUGCUUACGCAUCUAGACAGCUGAAGGACUAUGAAAAGAAUUACCCCACACAUGAUCUAGAACUGGCAGCGGUGGUUUUCGCAUUAAAGGUAUGGCGUCACUACCUUUAUGGAGAGAAGACUCUAAUUUACACUGACCACAAAAGGUUGAAGUAUUUCUUUACUCAAAAGGAGUUGAAUAUGAGACAGCGGAGGUGGUUGGAGCUAGUCAAAGAUUAUGACAUUAAUAUUCAGUAUCACCCCGGGAAGGCCAAUGUGGUUGCAGAUGCCUUAAGUAGGAAGACAGCUCAUUCAUCAGCAUUAAUUACAAGUGAACCUAGGGUACAAGCAGAUUUUGAGCAAGCUGGAAUAACGGUGGCAGUGGAAGGUAUUAAGGCACAACUGGCUCAACUGACUAUACAACCCACCCUCCGUUAG